AUGGUCAAGGUAAAUACAGUAGCGACCAUCGCCGCACUAGCGACGAGUGCGACUGCUACUGCUGCCACCACUACUUUAUCGCCGUAUGAUGAAAGAGUCAACCUAAUUGAAUUGGCUGUUUACGUUUCUGAUAUCAGGGCCCAUCUGUGGCAAUACUACUCUUUCCAAAAUAAGCAUAAAACUGAGACAUACCCGCCUGAAAUUGCUCAAGCUGUUUUCAACUAUGGUGAUUUCACCACAAUGUUGACUGGUAUUGCUCCUGACCAAGUAACCAGAAUGAUUACCGGUGUCCCAUGGUACUCUACCAGAUUGAAACCGGCUAUUUCUUCGGCACUUACGAAAGAUGGUAUUCAUACUGCCAUACCAGCUUCAACUUUCACCACACCCACUGCUUCUACUGCCUCUCUAUCAUCCACAACCUCGUAUGCUCCUAAAAUGUCCACCACCUCUACUACUACUACACAUGUUUCUGUUACUCCAAGUAGUUUAGUUAAGAUCACUACCUCCAGCAAAGUAACCGCUUUUAGUGAAGUCAUUUCCUUUACUGCACUUACCUCUUCCGUUCCGGUGACUCCCUCCAGUGAAAUCACUUCUGCUGAAUCUACUUCCCCUGGCGAAUCUACUUCCCUUGCCGAAUCUACUUCCUCGGUUCCAGAAACUUCCUCAAGCGAAGCCACUUCCUCAAGCCAAAUCACUUCUUCUUUUGAAUCUACUUCUUCUGUUUCGGUAACUUCCUCAAGCGAACCAAUUUCUUCUGCUGAACCUACUUCCCUUGCCGGAUCUACUUCCUCAAGCCAAGUCAUUUUCUCAAGCCAAGUCAUUUCCUUUAUCGAAUCUAUUUCUUCUGCUCCGGUAACCCCCUCCAGUGAAACCACUUCCUCAAGCCAAGUCACUUCCUUUGUCGAAUCUACUUCCUCUGUUUCGGUAACGCCCUCAAGCCAAAUCACUUCUUCUUCUGAAUCUACUUCUUCUGAAUCUACUUCUUCUGCUCCGGUAACCCCCUCCAGUGAAACCACUUCCUCAAGCCAAGUCACUUCCUUUGUCGAAUCUACUUCCUCUGUUUCGGUAACGCCCUCAAGCCAAAUCACUUCUUCUUCUGAAUCUACUUCUUCUGAAUCUACUUCUUCUGCUCCGGUAACCCCCUCCAGUGAAGCCACUUCCUCAAGCCAAGUCACUUCCUUUAUCGAAUCUAUUUCUUCUGCUCCGGUAACUUCCUCCAGUGGAGCCACUUCCUCUGGCGAAAUCACGUCGCUUGUCGAAUCUACUCCAUCUUUUUCGGUAACUUCCUCAAACCAAAUCACUUCUUCUUCUGAAUCUACUUCUUCUGCUCCGGUAACCCCCUCCAGUGAAGCCACUUCCUCAGGCCAAGUCACUUCCUUUAUCGAAUCUAUUUCUUCUGCUCCGGUAACUUCCUCCAGUGGAGCCACUUCCUCUGGCGAAAUCACGUCGCUUGUCGAAUCUACUCCAUCUUUUUCGGUAACUUCCUCAAACCAAAUCACUUCUUCUUCUGAAUCUACUUCUUCUGCUCCGGUAACCCCCUCCAGUGAAGCCACUUCCUCAGGCCAAGUCACUUCCUUUAUCGAAUCUAUUUCUUCUGCUCCGGUAACUUCCUCCAGUGGAGCCACUUCCUCUGGCGAAAUCACGUCGCUUGUCGAAUCUACUCCAUCUUUUUCGGUAACUUCCUCAAACCAAGUUACUUCCUCUGCUGAAGCUACUUCCCUUGCCGAAACUACUUCCUCUGUUCCAGCAACUUCCUCAAGCGAAGCCACUUCCUUUGUCGAGUUUAUCUCCUCUCUUUCGGUAACUUCCUCAGAUGAAGUAACUUCCUCAGGCAAAGCCACUUCCUCAAGCAAAGCCACUUCCUCAGGCCAAGUCACUUCCUUUGUCGGAUCUACUUCCUCUGUUUCGGUAACUCCCUCAAGUCAAGUCAUUUCUUCUUCUGAAGCUACUUCUUCUACUCCGAUAACCUCUUCAAGCGAAGCCACUUUCCCUAGUAAAGUCAGCAUUUCCAGUGAAGUGUCUUUUUAUGUUGAGCCUACCUCCUCUAAUGAAAUCACUGGACCAAAUGAAAUCCUUUCAUCUACUGAACGUUCUUCUUUUGUUUCUAUCCACACACAAGUUGUUGUCUCUUCUAGUAAGGUUGCUAUUCCCUUCAAUAAAUCCGCUACAUCCGUCGAGCCCAGCUCUCUUGGUGAUUCUUCUAGCCAAUUUUCUACAUCUUUUGUUACACCUUCCACUCCAUCUGUCACUGCUUCAGGUGAAGCCAUCUUUUUAAAUAUUUCCUCAGCCCCAGAUCUCACCUCUUCCCUCACGUCUAUUUCAACUAUUUUUACUACUAGCCAUGCUUCUCCCUUGGUAUUUUCAUCGUCAGAUUUGAUUAAUUCUACUCCUGACCCCUCCAUUUCUUCCCUAUCAGAUGUCCCUGUGUCUUUGAUUGGUUCCACAUCCCCAGCCGCUUUUAUCGCGGCAACUUCUUUGGUUCCAAUUCCCUUGAAGUUAACUUCCAAUGUUACUGGAAGUUACAAUAAUGUUGCCAGCGGUACAGUCACACCGGCUAAAAAUGUUCAUAAUACCACUUUGACAACCAUUAAUUUGUUGACAGAUAAAAUUUCUAUUUCUAGCUGUAUGGGCGCUUACUCUAGAACACUUGCUGGUCGCAACGCUACCGAGCCUGUAACAAAUGUCAUUGCUACGACUGCUACUUAUAGUAGCUGUAAAGAUGGUUGCAUUAAAGAAGAUAUAGCUUUUACAAAAACUCAGGUUUUUCCAGGCGACAUCACUGUGAGCAGUUGUUUUGGCAGUAUGAAUACUACUCUGACUGCUCGGGUAACAACUUUGAAUACGAGGGCUAGAACGUUUACCAGGACCGAAGUUUCUACCAUUGAAGCAGCUCUAACAAACUGCUCGGCCGGUGUUUGUUCCGCUAUAAUUGUUUCAACCGCUCCCAUUACCAGUAAGGCAACCAUGAUUGCUGAUGUCGCUACCGCUAGCUGCAAAAAUACUAAGGAAGACACCAUAUCAAUUGAGACUGAACUUUCUACUUUCCAGACUACUGCAGCGAGUUAUUCAAGCGGUAUUUAUACUGCUCUGACUGCUUCAAUAACUACUGUCAAUACCGGGGCUAGUACGUCGAAUAAAGUUAAGCCAUCCAACCUUCAGAAGACUACAACCAAUUGCACAGCCGGUAUCUGCAUUCCUCUAACUACUUCGGUCACUACCGUCAACGAUGAUGCUAACACACUGACCAACACAGGGCCUUCUACGAUCGAAAAUAUCAUAACUAGCUGCACAGGUGGAGCCUGUACCAUCUUCACGGUACAGAUUGCCGCUACUACGAGCAAGACCAUUUAUCAAGUUUCAGAAACUUCCGCAGCAACUACCAUCGCUGUUUCAUCUCCUAUAUUUACUGUUAAUAUCAAAACAAAUGGUGCUUACAGGCUCGGUAAAACUGGCGUUUUUGGGGCCGCUGUCAUUGCUGUGGCCGCUGCUUUAUUGAUAUAA